AUGACCUCAUCGUUCUUCUCCUUGAAGCCUUUUCCAACUCAGUGGCAGGAAGCUUUUAAGAAACCCUUGAUUGAUGUGCUUGGUGCAUUCCACAACGUUGGCUCGUCUGCACUGAAGCAGUUGGAGUCAGUCUCUCAGAGGAUCAACAGUCGCUGGAAUUCAGAGUCACCCAAUGAAACUGAUGAAGAUACUGACAUGGACCAUCACAGCAAGGCGGUCAUUGAAGACUUUAACCGCCUCGUGGCUCUUCUUUUUCGAAGCUUCGAAGCAGUUGGAUCUGUUACAGCACGUAUGGGCUCUCAUUAUGCGACUAUCAACCUGGCCUGGAAGACAGUCGUAUCUAUUCUUGCAACUAUGGCCCGAAUUUUUCCUGCUCCACCGCCACGUUCAUCACAGCAGCAGGCCCCUAAGCAUGAGAGUAACUACGACAGCGGACCUGGUGAAAUUGAUGAAGUGGAUUUGCCACCAUGGAGCCGUGAAGAUGUUGUGCAUGCAAUCAGCAUGCUGUUCCAGCAUACGGCACGUGGUCUUGUCCUGGGAGCAGAGGCUGGAAGGCAGAUGUUGGGCGAGUUCUAUGCCAGGCUUGGGAAGCAUGCGCUUCAUGAAGAGGUCUGUGUUGGGGAGGUUGACAACAGGUCAGAAGGAGAUAAGGUGUACAUAGUCGAGGUGGAGAAGCUUAGUAAGAACCUUCAGCGAGUCUUCAUGCUGACGAAGUUCUUCCAAAAUAAUGCCAUUCGCGUUGCACUUCUUUACCCGGCAGAGGCAUGUGAUCCAGCUGCUUCAGAAGACAUGGCCGGCCUGCUGUUCGCCUAUGCUGGUCUCCUUCAUUACAGUGAUGGAGAUGGGAGGUGUGCGGAAGGCAGUGUACAGAAGGGGAACGGUUUGGAGUGGCCAAUUCCGUUUCUGGUUGCAGAAGCCAUGGCACAGAUGCUAGACACGACUGUCUCGGAUGUCUUCCUUAAGCCGUUUGUCCGGCACAUCAACUCAUCAUUUUCAAAGUUUUCAGCUUCAACAGGAACUGCCAAUGCAGUUUCACAGCACUGCCGCACCACAUCUGCCAAGUCUGUCAGCCAGGAAAUCGCCUCUGUUCUAGCUUUCUCUCAACUUCUGCAUCGUGGAAUGGCAGCAGGAAUUCACCGACGCCAGCCAGCUCCUCUCCUCCCAGUUGCGCGUGCAUGCUUUGGUGCAGCACGUGCUGCAAUGGCUAAUAUCAUGGCAAAUGCAUCCCUGGACGUUUCGUGGGAGCAGGUGGCUUUGCUUGGAAGCAUGCUGACGAGCAUUACGGCGGUGCUCCGUGAGAGGGCUGAAUCUUCCAUGAGUGGGACCAGUGGGCUUCCUGCUGUCUUUCCGAACACGAAGGACCUGGUCAAGUUGGCGGCAGAUGCCGCAACUCUGCAUGUUCCAUCUGAUAUGGUCAAUGGUGCUCACCUGAUUGGAAGCAGCAGGCAUGGUCAACUCACUGGCUCUGGAAGCAAUCAGAACAGGGCUCCAUACUCAGAUACUCCCAUGAUUGGUUUGGACCGCUGUUCCAAGGAGAAGCUGAACGGUGGAACACAGCAGCCAUUGCUUGCAAGGGCUGCCCGGCUUAUCAGCAGCUCGACAGCUCGCCAGCAGGAGCAGGCUGCGAAAAAGGCCGCUGGCGGUUUCGAAGGAAGCAUCUAUCUCCAUCACUCCGACGUCGGGAGGCAGGUCAACUCUGCCGCUCUCAGCGUCGGCCUCAUCCACGCGUUGCAGGUGCUGCGCCCGGGUGUGGGAUACUUCCGCCCCAUUGACCAGACGUCGCACGGUGGUAACCGCGUGGAUUUGAUGAAGAAGGUGUUCCACAUCCAGACGCCCGCAGAGGACAUGUUCGCGCUCACCCAGGACCAGGCCUACUCGCUACUGGCUGCGGACAAGAUCGACGACUUACUUGAAGCGGUCAUCUCAGCGUACGAGCGCCACAAGCGGUAUCACGACUUUGUGGUGGUGGAGGGCACGUCCAUGCGGGAUGGGUCCAACACGUCGCCCAUCAACGGGCUCAUUGCGUCCGCCCUCGAGUCUCCCGCGCUGCUCCUCACUGAUUGCAUAGCUGCCUCCCACCACCACCCCAAACACCACGAGGCGGGGGGCCAGUUUGAGGCGUGGGAUUUUGAGAAGGAGGCGGCGAGCUGCAUCUUGGACCAUGCGCGCAUCAUGAGGCAGAGCAGCGUCGACAUCGCCGGUGCCCUGCUCUACCGCACGCCCAGGACCUCCCGGGGCACCACCCGCCUCAGGCAGUACAUCACUGAAGCUGGAAUCCCGUUCCUGGGGGCUCUCCCUGCUGACAAGUCCCUAGAGUCGUUUCAGGUGGAGGACGUGAGGAGGGUGCUGCACGCGCAGGUGCUGUACGGCGAGGACACCCCCCACGCGGCCAACAGCAUGGCAACCGAGAUCACCAAAACCAUGGUGGCAACACUGCACCUCGCUGAGAUCCUCACGCUCAUCCCGCCCUCCGACGACCCCGCUAGAGGCGCCCUCGUUAUUGCGCACGCCAGCCGCCCGGAUAUCCUCCUCGGGAUGAUCGACCUGCAUGAGACGCAUCUGAGCACCCAGGUGGCGGCCAUGGUGCUUACAGGAGGGGCGCCGCCCCCUGCUGAGGUGGACGAGCUCAUCCGGACCCGCCCCACGCGAGUGUCUCUCCCGGUGCUGCUGGCCCCCAAGGCCACGUACGACACGUGUCUGGAGCUCGCUAAGGCUGAUUCCGAGCUGCACGCGACCUCCACCAGAAAGAUUGAGAGGGCUGAGGUCAUGUUUCACGAGCAUGUGGACAUGAGGGUGCUCAACCAGGUGCUAUUCAAGGAGCGUCCCCUCCGCAUGAACCCCAAGCUCUUCCAGCAUGGCAUUUUUGAGAAAGCCAGAGCCGCCCAGUCCCACGUCGUGCUGCCAGAGGGAGCAGAGCCGCGCACAGUGCAGGCAGCAGGGGAGGUUCUGCGGCGUUCCCUGUGCCAACUUACGCUCGUGGGCAAGCCAGACCUCAUUCUCACCCAGGCCAAGCAGCUUCGGGUGGACCUCACUGGAGCUAACAUCGUCAACCCAGCCUCAGCGCCGAACCUGGAGACCUACGUGGACAUUCUCUACGAGGCUCGGAAGUCCAAGGGCAUGACCCGCGCAGAGGCACAGGAGGUGCUGAUCACGGACGCCAAUUACUUUGGCACAGCCAUGGUGGCAGCAGGGGACGCGGAUGGCAUGGUGUCAGGAGCUAUUCACACCACUGCCAACACUGUGCGACCUGCCCUGCAGAUCAUCAAGACCCUCCCAGAGACCCCCAUCGUCUCAUCAGUGUUCUUCAUGUGUCUGCCCGACAAGGUUCUAGUGUACGGUGAUUGCGCCAUAAACACCAAUCCAACGGCUGAGGAGCUUGCGAUGAUCGCCAUGUCAUCUGCUGACACGGCGGCGGCCUUUGGCGUGGAGCCACGUGUCGCCCUGCUGUCGUACGCGACUGGGGAUUCUAACACAGGUCCGUUGAUUCAGAAGGUGGCAGACGCUACAGCCAUUGUGCAUGAGCGCAGGCCAGACCUCAUGGUGGAGGGGCCGCUGCAGUACGAUGCUGCUGUGAACAUGGAGACAGCCAAGACGAAGCUCAAGGGGCGGACGUCUGAAGUGGCAGGACAGGCAUCGGUGCUCAUAUUCCCUGAUCUCAACACCGGCAACAACACAUACAAGGCAGUGCAGCAGUCGACGGGAGCAGUGGCAAUGGGGCCGGUGCUGCAGGGGCUCAGGAGACCCGUGAACGAUUUGAGCCGGGGGUGCACUGUGAAGGAUAUAGUCACCACCAUUGCAAUCACGGGCGUGCAGGCUGCUGCCAUGAAGACCAAUAGCAUCAGGCAGGGUGGUGCAGCAUAA